UUACUUUAUUCGACUAGAAAAUGUCCUUUUAUUUUUGUUUUACUAAUGCUAAUGCACUGGUUGCUCUUGAAAGAGAACCAAAUUAACCAGAAGUGAUCCACGAAACAGAGAAACAGAAGUGAGGACAAAAAAGCAAAACAAAAAAUAUCAAUGAGGAAACAAGGCUGUGAGAUCGAAGCAAGAGGGAUCAACUACAAGAUUUCCACCAAGGAAACAGAGUUAAAUCUUUUGAAAAUCUUCAACAAAGAUCAAGAACCGAAAUCCCCUGGUAUAAAGCAUGUUCUGAAAGAAGUAAAUUGUAAAGCAAAACCUUGGGAAAUCCUUGCAAUUGUUGGUCCAAGUGGUGCUGGAAAAUCAUCCUUACUUGAAGUCCUAGCCGGAAGAUUUGCCCCGCAAAAUGGUUCAAUUUUUGUCAAUCAAAGUCCUAUGGACAAAGCUCAGUUCAACAAGAUUUCAGGCUAUGUUACACAAAGAGACACCCUUUUUCCUCUCCUUACAGUUGAAGAAACUCUCAUGUUUAGUGCCAAGCUGCGUCUCAGGCUUCCUCAUUCUCAACUGAGAUCCAGGGUGAAGUCCUUGGUUCAUGAACUAGGCCUCGACCAUGUCGCAACGACUCGGGUCGGCGAUGACAGGGUUCGCGGGAUAUCUGGCGGUGAAAGGCGGCGUGUUUCUAUAGGAGUUGAUGUCAUACAUGACCCUGAAGUACUGAUUCUUGAUGAGCCAACUUCAGGUCUUGAUAGUACUUCUGCUCUGCAAAUUAUUGAUAUGCUCAAGGUCAUGGCAGAGACAAGAGGUAGAACUAUAAUACUAAGCAUUCACCAGCCUGGGUUUCGCAUUGUAAAGCUGUUGAAUUCAAUUCUUUUGAUGGCUAAUGGAUCGGUUUUGCAUCAUGGGACUGUAGAUCAGCUUGGUGUUAAUUUGAGGAAUAUCGGGUUGGAGCUUCCUCUUCAUUUCAACGUUGUUGAGUUUGCCAUCGAAUCCAUUGAAGUUAUUCAACAGCAGCAGAUAAAAGUGGUUGGCCAAGAAGUGCAGCUUCAAGUUCCUUCAUCAACAGCACAACUACAGAUCAAGAAAGCAGAGGAGGUUGGUGAGAGUAGAAGUGGCAAGUUCACUCUUCAACAACUCUUUCAACAAUCUAAGGUUGUUGACGAGGACAUUAUUGAUGUAGGGAUUGAUAUUCCUCGAGGUUUUGCAAAUUCAAGAUUGCAGGAGAUAGUAAUUCUCACUCAUAGAUUCUCCAAGAACAUCUUUCGAACCAAGGAGCUCUUUGCAUGUAGAACCAUUCAGAUGCUGAUUUGUGGGAUUGUUUUGGGUUCCAUCUUUUGCAAUGUUAAAGAUGAUAUAGCAGGAGCAGAAGAAAGGGUAGGCCUAUUUGCUUUUAUAUUGACAUUUUUGCUCUCUUGCACAACAGAAGCUCUACCAAUCUUCUUGCAAGAGAGGGAGAUUCUAAUGAAGGAGACAUCCUGCGGAAGCUACAGAGUCUCAUCAUAUGCGAUUGCGAACGGGCUUGUUUACCUGCCAUUUCUACUUAUUCUGGCAAUAUUAUUUUCAGUCCCAUUAUACUGGCUAGUCGGUCUAAAUCCAAGUGUCUCUGCAUUCAUGCACUUCCUGCUAUUAAUAUGGAUGAUUCUUUACACUGCGAAUUCGGUUGUGGUAUGUUUCAGUGCUCUGGUGCCUAAUUUCAUCGUUGGAAAUUCAGUGAUAUCAGGAGUAAUGGGAUCCUUCUUUCUGUUCUCUGGCUACUUCAUAUCAAAGCAUGGGAUACCAAACUACUGGAUUUUCAUGCAUUACAUAUCCUUGUUUAAGUAUCCAUUUGAAGGGUUCCUGAUAAACGAGUUCUCAAAAUCAGGGAAAUGCCUGCAAUACAUGUUGGGUGCUUGCAUGGUUAGUGGAGAAGAUGUCCUCAGAGAAGAAGGAUAUGGAGAAGAAAGUAGGUGGAGAAAUGUGGCGAUCAUGGCUUCUUUCAUCUUCUUUUACAGAUUCAUUUCUUAUGUUAUUCUUAGAUGUCGAUGCUCUGUCACAACUCUCAAGGCCAGCAGUGCUGCUCGCUAGUUUCAGAAUCACCUCUCUCUCUCUCUCUCUCUCUAUCUCUCUCUCUCUCUCUCUCUCACGAGACUCAACAAGAUGGUUCACAUGUUCUUGGAUUUUACUUAAGAUAGCAGCCAAAAAAGAAAGAUCAGGUAAUAAAGAAAGGAAAAAGAAAUGUAUUAUCUACCAACAAUAUUCAUAUUGUAUCAAACAUGCUCUCCCUUCUUGUC